GAAAUGAUAAUUUUAUACAUAUAAAGUUAAUAUAAUAUUAUGUCACGUCGUAGGUCACAUGUCACAGUGUGCGGUAGAAGGAAGUAGAUUCGCUGUUAAAACAGGGAAAAGGAAGUAGAUUAAAACGGAGCUGAAACCAUUUCAAAUGCGCAUUACACAAUACUUCGUUGCUACCAAAUGGCAGGAGAUGGAGAAACAAUGUUAAAGCAAAUCCUAUAUAUCGGAAACACUAACAAAGAUGGCAACCUCGUUUUCUUCACAACAUUUGGUAGUAGCCUUUGAUUUCGGAACAACCUACAGCAGUUAUGCGUUUUCAUUUUCUAACGACCCUUUAAAGGUACAGUCAAACCAAGGCUGGAACUCUGGAACCGAACAAUUAAUUUCACUGAAAACCCCAACAUGUGUGCUUCUUAAUUCUAUAAAAGAAUUUCACUCAUUUGGGUUUGAAGCUGAAAACAAGUAUACAAGCCUUGCAGAAGAAGACAAGCAUCAUGGAUGGUUACUGUUUAGGCGAUUCAAAAUGAUUCUCCAUGAUAACGAGAAUUUAUCUAGGUCAACCACUGUGGAAGACAUUAAUGGGGUUUCUAUGCCUGCCAUGACGAUUUUUGCGAUGUCCAUCAGCUACUUGAGAAAACAUUUUUUGGAAGCUCUUAACUGUCAGACUACAGGUGUGGAAGAAACAGAUAUAAAAUAUGUUCUAACGGUUCCCGCCAUUUGGAACGAUAAUGCGAAACAAUUUAUGAGAGAAUCAGCAGUUCAGGCCGGUUUGGAUACAGAAAGACUGUAGUUAUCUCUGGAGCCUGAAGCAGCCUCUAUCUGGUGUCAAACUAUAACGACCGAGGCAAAGGAAGUGCUCUCCCGUUCAGGAACACAGUAUAUGGUAGUUGACUUAGGAGGUGGAACAGCUGAUGUAACUGUGCACGAAAGGAAGAUUGACAACACGUUGAAAGAAAUUCACAAAGCAAGUGGAGGUCCUUGGGGCGGUAUUGUGGUUGAUGACAACUAUUUGCAAUGGCUUACUUCGAUUUUUGGAGAGUCGGUAAUGAAACGUUUUAAAGCAGAGCAAAUGGAAGAUUUCUUCCUCCUACUCAGGGAAUUUGAAACCAAGAAGAGGAUCAUCACAAAUGAUACUACAGGCAAGAUUACAUUUAGGAUACCUGCGUCAUUAAAAGAGAUAUAUCGAGAAGAUAAAAUCACCCCGUUGAUGAACAAAAUUGAAUCGUUAGGACUGUCACAAAAGUAACACUAUCUGGAGAUAAAUUGAGAGUUGAUAUUUCCGUUGUCAAUGCCUGGUUUAAAGAACCAGUCGAUGAAAUGAUUGCCCAUGUAAAGGGUAUUUUAGCAGAAAAAAAGAUGAAAAAUGUUAUCUCAGUACUGUUGGUAGGUGGCUUCGGUGAAAGCAAAUUAGUACAAAAAGAAAUGCAGGAGAGAAUUCAAAAUAAACGCAUUAUCAUUCCAAAUGAAGCUGGUUUAGUUGUACUUAAAGGUGCCGUGCGGUUUGGACAUUCGCCUGAUAUUAUAUCGUCGAGGAUCAUGUCGUACUCGUAUGGAUUCAAAAUAAGCGAGAAGUUCGAUGAAAGAAAACAUCCAAAAAAUCUAAUAUACCAUUUAAACGGUAGAGAACUGGUUGAUAAAGUUUUU